GACCUUGUGAUAAGUAGCAAGGCGACAGUGGCGUUAUAACAAGGUUUACUUAUAUAGGUCUCGACCAUGAUCCCGCGCGUAAUCCUUGUGGUAGCGUUAUGCUACGGUUGCUUUGCAGCACCAUUGGAACCAGGAAGGUCCAAUAGAGGAAUGGUUAACGCAUUCCAAGACAUGGUUGGAGGCUGGAUGGGUAUGAUGACCGGUUUAGCUAGUGGAAUGGGUCAAACAAUGGAAACAGGUGUCGGAACCAUGAUGAAUAUGUUUGGUGAUUUUUCGCCCUCCCAUUGGAAGCCUCCGGAUAGCAACACGAACUUGGCCAGUAUUGUUGCCCUGAACACGGCCGUGAAGCCUUCUGCGACUGUGACAACCGUAGCCCCAACUACCACCACAUUGAAGAGCAGUCACUGGAUAGUCUUCGGCAAGAAGUAAUCAUUCCCGACAUCGAAAAAAUUAUAAUUCAUGUUUCUUCAUUGACUUCAAUUAAACUGUUUUAAUUGUU